AGAGGCCGGGCUCUGCCUCUGAGGGCCGGGGGCCGCCAUUUUGUCAGCAGCGGCUGGAGGAGAGGAAGGUGGAGGCGCCUGGAGCCCCCUCGCCCCGUGUAAGGCCCCCCUGGCCCGUAAAAUCCAGCAAAGAUGUCUGAAUACAUCCGUGUUACUGAGGAUGAGAAUGAUGAGCCCAUUGAGAUCCCUUCAGAGGAUGAUGGCACUGUGCUGCUAUCCACAGUUACUGCCCAGUUCCCUGGAGCAUGUGGCCUGCGAUACAGGAACCCAGUGUCUCAGUGUAUGAGAGGAGUCCGGCUAGUGGAAGGAAUUCUGCAUGCUCCAGAUGCUGGCUGGGGAAAUCUCGUCUAUGUUGUUAAUUAUCCCAAAGAUAACAAGAGGAAAAUGGAUGAAACAGAUGCCUCAUCAGCUGUGAAAGUAAAACGAGCAGUACAAAAGACAUCUGAUUUAAUAGUUUUGGGUCUUCCCUGGAAAACCACUGAACAAGAUCUAAAGGAAUAUUUCAGUACAUUUGGAGAAGUUCUCAUGGUGCAGGUCAAGAAGGAUAUUAAGACUGGUCACUCAAAGGGAUUUGGUUUUGUUCGAUUUACGGAGUAUGAAACCCAGGUGAAAGUGAUGUCUCAACGACACAUGAUAGAUGGAAGAUGGUGUGACUGUAAACUUCCUAAUUCUAAGCAAAGUCCUGAUGAACCUUUGCGUAGCAGAAAGGUGUUCGUUGGGCGCUGCACCGAGGAUAUGACUGCAGAUGAGCUCCGGCAGUUCUUUUCUCAGUAUGGAGAAGUGGUAGAUGUCUUCAUCCCCAAACCCUUCAGAGCUUUUGCUUUUGUUACAUUUGCAGAUGAUCAGGUUGCCCAGUCUCUUUGUGGAGAGGACUUGAUCAUUAAAGGAAUCAGCGUACAUAUAUCCAAUGCUGAACCUAAGCACAAUAGCAAUAGACAGUUAGAAAGAGGUGGAAGAUUUGGUGGUAAUCCAGGAGGCUUUGGGAAUCAGGGUGGAUUUGGUAAUAGCAGGGGGGGAGGAGGUGGUUUGGGGAACAACCAGGGCAGUAAUAUGGGUGGAGGGAUGAAUUUUGGAGCAUUUAGUAUCAACCCUGCUAUGAUGGCAGCAGCCCAGGCAGCAUUGCAGAGCAGCUGGGGAAUGAUGGGCAUGUUAGCUAGUCAACAGAACCAGUCUGGGCCAUCGGGAAACAACCAACCUCAAGGCAACAUGCAAAGGGAGCAGAACCAGGGUUUUAGUUCAGGAAGUAAUUCUUACGGAGGAUCUAACUCUGGAGCAGCAAUAGGUUGGGGGUCAGCAUCAAAUGCAGGAUCAAGCAGUGGGUUUAAUGGAGGCUUUGGUUCAAGUAUGGAUUCCAAAUCAUCAGGCUGGGGAAUGUAGACAGUGGGCUCUGAUAUACUGACUCUAUGGUGGGAAAUCAAAUUUUUCUAAGCUCAUGGUAAGUAUAUUGUAAAUUGCAUAUAUACUAAAAUUUUCCUGAUCAAUUUGUUCAGUGUGUAGUAUAUUCAACAGUAUUUUUGACAUUUUUCUUUUGUAAAAAGAAAGGUUAAAGGAAUUAUAUAAGUUUUGUUACAUAAUUUGUUGGAAUACUGAAUGAUUGAAAGUGAACUGCUGUUUGCCUGAUGGGUAAACUAACACUACAGUUGAGAGAAAGGGUUUCUCCUGUAAUAUUUUAUUCCUUGUUUCCUGGUCAGCUGAAUUCUUUGCAUGUUCAAAAAGGAAACCAUUGGUCAAACUACAUUCUUUCUUUUCCUCUUGUUUGUUUUAAUUUGAUCCCCACCAUAAGAAUCUCUCCAAAUGCCCCAGUUGGAGAACACAGCGUUGGUGUUUUUUGUUUGUUUGUUUUCCUUUUAACACUGUCUCCCCUCAUAUACUAAGUACAAUAUGAAGGCUUCAUUUAAUCUCUGCAGUUCAUCUCAUUUCAAAUGUGUAUGGAAGAAGCACUUAGUUGAAAGCAGUGCUGUAAAUAUUCUGCUUUAGGAAUACUUCUGUCUACAUGCUUUCUCAUCCAAGAAUACUUCAUCACACUGCACAUGCUACGUCUUAGACGGUGGGUGUUCCAUUUUUAUCCGCUACUCUUUAUUUCAUGGAAUCGUAUCAACGCUAUGAACGCAAGGCUGUGAGAUGGAACCAGAAGGCUGUUUGAACUUUUGAAACCUUGUGUGGGAUUGAUGGUGGUGCCGAGGCAUGAGAGGGCUGGUAUGUGCGAGAAAAAGGAGAGAGCGCAUGCAGAGACCUGGUGGUGCAUUAUGGGAUUUUAUUUUACUUGGCGAGAUGUCUCUCAAUCCUGUGGCUUUGGUGAGAGAGUGUGCAGAGAGCAAUGAUAGCAAAUAAAGUACGAGUGUUUCUUGCAUUCAAAGGACAUCCAUAUCUGGAAGACUAAAUGGGUUUUAUACCUAGUUAACCAAUUAGUUGAAUGUGUUAAGUGAAAUGAAUAUCUGUAUUUUUUUUCCCCUUAUGUCAACUGCUGUGAAUGUUGUAUGGUGUGUGUUCUUUUCUGUUAAUGAUAUGUAAGUGUGGUAAUGUGAAUCGAAGAUGAUGGGGUUUGUGACGAGAACAUUGAGUUUGUGGUGUGCUUUGCGGUAGUUGUAGCAGAGUUCACUAGCGAGCUCAGUGUGCCUCUUAAGGGUGGAAGUUCCACUGUCUAUAAGAUAUCCAUAAGAAUGCUGUUUGCUGCAGUUCUGUGUUUGGAUGCUUUUUAUAAGACUUGUCAAUGUAGGAAAUUCUUAAAUAAAACUGAUUUAAGUAA